AUGACGCCGGCGGAGGAGAUGGGAGGGAGCGGCGGAGCGGGCGAGGCGGCCAAGGAAGGGGGAGCCGACGGCGCCGCCGACUCGCCGGCGGCGCCGUCGCUCAGAGAUACCUGGAAUGCGCUGGUGUGGCACGGCGGCUCCGUCUACGACGCCUGGAUCAACGCCGUCGCCGCUCAGGUAGUAUCUCCUCCUCCUGUUCCUGGCCUCUGCAUCUUCAUCUCCGAUCUAGGGCUACACGGUGUGUAAUCAAAUCCACUGCGCCGGCUGUGUGUGGGGGUUGAGCCAGGUGGGGUCGCUGAUCCUCACGCUGCCGUACACCUUCUCCCAAAUGGGCUACUUCUUCGGGGUGGCGUCCCAAUUCCUGUACGGGGCCUUCGGGUGCUGGACCGUCUACCUCCUCAGCCUCUUCCACGCCGAGGCCUCCCGCCGCACGAGGGAGGCCGGGACACUCCACCGACGGCACGUCCUGCAGUACCACGAGGUGAUCGGCAUCGUCGCCGGGCCGGCGCUCGGCAGGGCGGUGCUCGCCUUCAACAUGGUCGCCCUCACCUUCGCCUGCGUCCUCCAGCUCAUCGCCUGCUCCAGGUGCGCCGCCAUCUUAUCCGGCUGUUCCCUUUUCUUUUCUUUUUUUCUUUGAUAUACAAGACGGUGAGGAGGAGGAUCACCUGGUUCUGCAGCCACGUUUACUACAUGAGCUCGAGGUGGAACAAGAGGGAGUGGCUGUACCUGUUUGGAGCCCUCGCCCUGCCCACGGUUCUCCUGCCGUCGAUCCACAACUUCCGGGUGGUGUCGAUUCUGGGGAUCGCCACGACGACCGUGACCUCGGCCUACAUGACGGUGGCGGCCGUACAGCACGGCCAGGUCACGACCUCCCUCUGAUCUCCGUCCCGUUCGAGCUCUGAGAAAGAAAAAAAAAUAUUAAUUUUUUUUAUGGCGAGUUGUGUACCCAUCCAUCGUGCAGAUAGAGGGCGCGACUCACCGGGGGCCCAAGAAGCUGGUGGACUUCUUCACGGGCAGCACCAACAUCCUCUUCUCGUUCGGCAGCCACGGGCUCUGCAUGUAAGUGAUUUCUUCGCCGCCAUCCGAUGGAAUCUGCCGUGGUGAGACGUCUCUUCUGCCUGGCUGGGCGCAGAGAGCUGAUGGAGGCGAUGUGGAAGCCCCAGAAGUACAAGUUCGCCUACGUGGCUGCAGUGCUGUACACCUAUCUGCUGACUAUUCCGGACUCCGUGGCGGUCUACUGGGCGUACGGUGACACCCUGCUCCAUCGCUCCAACGCCUUCGGGGUUCUUCCGCCCUCCACGGCGAAGAAUGUCUGCAUCAUCGCCAUGAUCCUCCACCAGGUAAGCCCUCUAGCGGCGCCCUCAUUUUCCUCUGCGAGGACUGAGGAAUCCCGAGCUUCGCUUGCAGUAUGUGGCGUUCCUGUUGAACGUGAACCCGCUGUUUCUCGCCUGGGAGAAGCUCGUGAGGGUUCACUACAGCGGGGUGUUUCUGCUCAAGGCGGCCGCUAGAAUUCCCGUGGUCCUCUUCAUCUGGUUCCUGGCGCUGGCCAUUCCCUUCUUCGGGCCCAUCAACUCUAUCAUGGGGGCCUUCCUGAUCUCCUUCUCCGUGUACAUUAUCCCCUGCGUGGCCUUCAUGAGAGCCUACAAGAAAAAUCAGCUGGAGUCGGUAAGUGAUCCUGUGAAUAGUCUUACUGGGUUAUGUCUCGGUUGGCGUGGUCUGCUGGUUAUCUGAUGAGGGAUGGCGCAGAUGAAGGCAGACCCAAGAAGAGGGCGGUCGAGCUUCUGGAUCAGUGCUUUCAUAGCGGUCUGGGUCUUCAUCCUCGGCUUUGGGUUCGGAGGAUGGGCGAGUGGGACGACCUUCCUCAGGCAAAUCCGCUCAUUCGGGUUCUUCGACAAGUGCUACCAGUGCCCAACAAGCCACUGA